CUGGUUUUCAGUUUCCUCUCCUGCCAAACAAGACUUAUUAGCAAAUCAACUGUGGGGGAGAAACCCCAAUUCGGCAACUCCCGAACUUCGUAGCUUUUACACGCCUGGUAGCUCAUUUGCAGAGGUUCAGUAAAGAGAAGAAGAUAAUGGGGGCAGGUCGUGAGGUGUCGAUAUCGUUGGACGGAGUGAGGGAUAAGAAUGUGAUGCAGCUCAAGAAACUCAAUACUGCGCUCUUCCCCGUACGCUACAACGACAAGUAUUACGCUGAUGCCCUCGCUUCCGGGGAUUUCACUAAACUAGCAUAUUACAGUGACAUCUGUGUUGGUGCAAUUGCAUGCCGGCUGGAGAAGAAGGAAGGGGGGGCUGUUCGUGUUUACAUCAUGACAUUAGGUGUUUUAGCACCAUACCGAGGGUUAGGCAUUGGUACAAAACUGCUGAAUCAUGUUCUUGAUCUCUGCUCUAAGCAAAAUAUUUCUGAGAUUUACUUGCAUGUGCAAACAAACAAUGAGGAUGCCAUCAACUUCUAUAAGAAAUUUGGAUUUGAAAUCACAGAUACCAUCCAGAACUAUUACACAAACAUUACGCCGCCAGACUGCUACGUCCUCACGAAAUACAUCACUCAGACAAAGAAAUGAUGUUGCAAAGUUGACAUUGAAGUUGGUAACCCUUUUUGUUUCAUGCUAUAUACUGGGAACAUCAAAUCUGAUUGUGAAGCGACUUCAACAGUUCCUGAACUGGUCUGUGGGACCAAUGACCUUUUAUAGAACAUUAUAUAGUUUGUAGACAAUUGGUGUUAUAUUGAUGUUGGAAGGAGGACGUUGCUGGCUGAUAAAAUUUUGGGCAUUUGAAAUUA